UUGACAGGCAGAGACAGAGACAAGGAGGAGGUCGUGCGAGACCGCGAGAGGCGUGUGCGCCGUGCGCGUGUCCUCUGCCCCUUCCCUUCUCCCCAUCUCGCCUCGCUCCCUUCCCUUCUCUUGCCCACCGCCACCGCCCCGCACCCACCCACCUCUGCCUAGAUCCGUCUCCACCAUCGAUCUCCCUCCCAUCCCCGGAUGCGCAAGGUGGAAGGCAAGAUCGAACCCUAACCGGCGACGGAGGAGGAGCGGCUCCACCACCACCACCUCGAAGGAGUUGACAGGCGGGGGAUGGAUUCUGCAGCGUGAUUUCAUUUGUGCUCCAUUUCCUGCUGGUUCGAUGCAACUGCUUUGUAACUGUUGAUUGAUGUGGUGAUACAUUUCAAAACCAGGGAUUAGAUUCUGUUUAUGCCUAUGCUUCAUAAAUCAUAACGAUGGCCAGUUCAAGCAAAAACUUCCAGUCAUCAAGCAAACCAGGCAGUGACAGGAAGUACCAGGGUGCAUUGGUUGCUUCUCCAGCAAAAGCCAUUUCACCCAAGACAGUCAAGCAGAUCGUGCCAGGAAAACAUUUAAUCUUGAGCGGGGAGUCUACAAGUCAUCUGGCAUCUUUUUUGGUAAAGGUUAUUGCCUUGGAAGUAGUAAGAAGAUUUUCAAAAGCAAGAUGCCCUUUUAUAUGGAAUUCUAUUCAAGCAUUGCAAGUUCUUGGGUACCCUCCAUUUAGGUGGAUUCAACAGUGGGCGCCACUCAAAUUUAUUGUGCAAGGCAUUCAGAAAUUAUCGACACCACUGUUGUUUCUUUCUGUCACAACAACAUUAUGUGACCGGUCCUCUAAGCGCAAUGAUGAAUUGGGUAGCAAUACAGAAGCUCCUGAUGUACCUUCUGAAUCAGAUGAAACAGCAUCAACUUCUGGUAUAAGGGAUGUUGCUGAUGGCACAAAGGAUACCGAGCCAGAUAACUGGCUCAUAUCACUGUUCAAGGAACUUGAGAAACAAGGCAUCACUUUGCCUGAAAGGUUCAAUGAGGAUGAACUACGCAGAUUUUACAUUGCAGCCAAUGGUGACUUUUCAAGUUUGCUCUCUUCAGUUAAGAAGACAAUUCGUUGGAGGGAAACCUUCCAUAUACUUACAUUGCACGAACUCGAGAAGUGGUCCCAUUUAGUUUUUUGGCAUGGAUUCGAUACUAUGCUUCGGCCCUGUUUAAUAGUCCGUCUUGGUCUUGCAUGCUCUAGUCUAGCCCCUUCUGAUAGACCUCGGUUUGGGCAAGCAGUAGUUUCUCAAAUCGACAAUGGUAUUGUAUACUUGACCAACAAAGAAGAUCCGAGAAUAACUGUUUUGCUGGAUUGUCAUGGGAUUUCUCCAUUCAGAUUUCCAAUGCAAAUGAUGAGGUCGUUUAUCACUAUAGUUCAAGAAAACUAUCCAAAUCGUCUUGGGGUACUAUUUAUUGUGCGUCUUCCUCCUGUUGUCAGAGUAAUUGCGCAGACUCUUAUUCAGGUUCUGAAACCAUCCACAAAGCAGAAGUUGCGUUUUGAGGGAGAAUCAUAUAAGAAGACAUUAGCCGAGUUCUUGCAGAUUGUGCCAACUUUUCUUGGUGGCAAAUGCAGCUGCCCGCAAUGUGAGAAGCCGCGUAAUAUUUCAGUAAUACAGGCAGGGGAAGGCAGCAAGAGCCAACCUCGCCAGAUAACCAUUGAUGAUGGAUCACCUGUCGCAAGCAUGAACUUUGAUGAGGCGGAGCUUCCAUCUCCUUAUAGCUGCGAGAAUGCCAUAAGGGCUGCCAUCAUUGGUGUUCUAAUGCUGUGGGUCUUCAUUGCAUUUCUCGCUGGGAUGAACGACCCAGAGUCCAUCUCGUCCCAUGCCCCCUAAAGGGCCUUGCAUUUUUUUGCCAUGUCAACCAGGAUCCACAGAACCACCUGAGCUGUCAGUUGUCUUCCAUUUGCAUCUGUGGUUGCUAGAGGCGUUUUUCAUAGCAGAUUUUCGUGGUCUGUACUAUGUGCGCCACAUGCUAAAGCAUCAAAAGAGUAUCUUCGAGUCGCUCACUGGGAGGUCAUAUGAGGUGUGCGAUUCAGCAUUACCUUGAAAUAGUCAGUUAGAACAAGACAAUUCCUUGUUUUGUUUUGGUGCCAUCUUAGUAUAUAUAGUAGUAUUAGUUUGUCUGUAAGUUUGCCGACUUGUCAGUUUAUCGUGGGUGGCUAUAUAGUAUCUAGAAGAUGGUUCUUACACUUAAUACUUCCUGGAAAAUUCUACGAACGCUACUUGAAAACUGGAAUUUCUCAUCUGAGAAGCCAGGUCCCUGUGCUAUGUAUGGGUGAACGGAGAAUCCAGUCUGGUGCUGAACUACUAAUGAAUGAAUGCACGUGCUUGUCGAACUCCUAAAUAAUAUCUUUUUUAAAUAAAAUCUUUCUACAUA